AUGGCUAACUCAGGCUAUUACCCCUACGAGCCAAGCAAAGCGGGCGCAACUGUUGCGAUGUUGCUGUUUGGGUCCAGUGCAUUUGUUCACCUCUGGCAGAUACUAAAGGCAAGAACAUGGUUCUUCACUGCCUUCCUCAUAGGUGCUUUUAGCUACAUAUUCCGCUUGAUUUCCGCCCGGAGUCCUGACAGCCUAGUACCCUACAUAGGCCAGUCGAUGUUCAUUAUCCUACCUCCGUCCCUCUACGCAGCGACAAUUUACAUGACUUACGGCCGCAUUGUCGUCUACGUUGGCAAGCCUCAUUUGUCCAUCAUAUCACCUCGAAAGGUGACCAAACUCUUCGUACUCGGCGACGUAAGCGCCUUCCUCCUGCAGUUAGGGGGCGGUGGCAUGCAGACCAUAGACAGUAUGCGAAACAUUGGACAGAAGGUUCUUGUUGUCGGAUUAUUUGUCCAGCUGAUAUUUUUCGGCUUCUUUUUGUACGUCUCGGUCAGUUUCCAGAUUCGACUGCGCCGCUCAGGAUUUGACUUGAUCGGGGGGUUAUGGCGGAGACUGCUUCAAAUUUUAUUCCUCGUCUCUGCGCUGAUUAUUGCGCGCUGCGUGUUUCGCAUCAUUGAGUAUGUGGAAGGAACAGGCGGGUAUCUAUAUUCGCACGAGGCUUUUAUGUACCUCUUCGACAUGAUUCCGAUGUUCUUUGUGCAGGCGAUCUUCCACUUUUAUCAUCCUGGGAAGAUCCUAGUUGCGAAGAGCUUCCCCGAUGACCAGCAUGUGAGCUUACAGGAGAUGUAA